UGGAGGAUGAGACUUGUGGUUCUCGCGUGCACGGGGCUCUUUUCCGGAGGUUGUGUUGAUGUGAUGGGGAUAGGGUUAGGGUUAUCUCCUUCACCAUCAGAGUCCUGACCGGCCGAUGAGGUCCGUGACGCCGAGAGACCCACCGGAUAUGAUCACCGACCGCACGUGCAUCAGGUGUUGCUCUGUUUGGAGUUGAUCAGUCAUUAUGCUGACACACCUGUGUAGCAUUAAGAAUACAUACCAUAAUAGGCUGCUGGGGCUGGCAGCCAUGGCCUCCCCCACCCGGAGCAGCCAGAGCUGGCGGCCGUGUAAAGACGCCGGUAGCCUUGGUUACGGCCCGGAGAGCCUGGGGGGCCGGGGGCCGACCCGGGCCCCCUUGGCCCCGGGCCUGGCGCGGGCCAGCAGCGACCCCGACCUGCCGGCCCCGGAGAGCCGCUCCACGCUGGCGCUCAGCUGCUGCCACUACACCGUGGGCCAGAGCCAGGACCUGGUGCUCACCUGGGACAUCAGGGAGCAGGUGGACGCCGGGGACUGGAUCGGGAUGUACCACGUGGACGAGCCUCUGUCUGAGAACUUCCUGGACUAUAAGAACAGGGGAGUCAACGGCUCUAAGAAGGGACAGAUCGUCUGGAAGAUCGAAGCCACCUCCUACCUCCCUGAGUCGGGGGGCCCCCUGUGCUUCAGGUACUACCACGGAGGGACGGGCGCCCUGCGAGCCACCACCCCCACCCUCACCGUCACCACCCCCGCUGCCCCUGUGAAACCGGUGGUGAGUCCAGAAGCCCACCACGGACUCGGCGGCCGCAGACUCAUAAACUUCUCGCUGUCAGACGUCCAGGCACUGGGACUGAAGAAGGGAAUGUUCUUCAACCCAGACCCGUACCUGAAGCUUUCUGUUCAGCCUGGGAAGCACAGCGCCUUCCCCUCACUGCCCCAUCACGGCCAGGACAAACGCUCGGCCAUCAGCUGCAACACAGUCAACCCUCAGUGGAGCAGAGAGAGGUUCAGCUUCCUGUCCCUGCCCACCGACGUGCUGGAGAUCGAAGUCAAGGACAAGUUCGCCAAGAGUCGACCGAUCAUCAGACGCUUCCUGGGCAAACUCUGUGUCCCCGUGCAGAGGCUUUUGGAGAAGAACGCCAUCGGGGACCGGCUGGUGAGCUACCCUCUGGGCCGCAGACUCCCCACGGAGCAGGUCAGCGGCCAGCUGCAGUUCCGCUUCGAGCUGACCACCUGCAUCUACCCAGAUGAUGAGGAGGUAUCCCAAGCCUUGGAGUCGGUCCGCCAGCACGGGGAGACCUGGGUGGAGGCGGAGGACCCCAGUGACGUGGAGGACGCCGACACCCUGAGCCUGGGGGACGACAUGCCGGAGUUACCUCUAGACGAAGCCCCCCCCGGCCCGGAGCUCUGCAGCCCCCUCCUGACGCCGCCAGCGCUGGACCUCCGUGUGUCCGGGGAAGCUGCUCCUCUAGAGGCGAAGGAGGAGCCGGGGCCGGAGGUGGGCAGCACUGCUGAGGACGGAGCCGCCGAGACCCAGACGGUGCCCCCGGAGGUCCUCACCGAGGUGGACGGAGGAGAAGAGACCCAGACGGUGCCCCCGGAGGUCCUCACCGAGGUGGACGGAGGAGAAGAGACCCAGACGGUGCCCCCAGAGGUCCUCGAGGAGGUGGAGGGAGGAGAAGAGACCCAGACGGUUCCCCGGGAGGUCCUCACCGAGGUGGACGGAGGAGAUGAGAACCAGCCGGUUCCCCCAGAGGUCCUCGAGGAGGUGGAGGGAGGAGCAGAGACCCAGCCUGUGUCUGAAGAGGAGGAGGAGGAGGAGGGAGGAUCUGGAGACGCUGCAGAAGGGAUGGCGGCUGAACAGGUAGGAGAAGCCGCGGCUGACGUAGGACAAACUCCCGUAGACUCAGCGGAGGACGGAGCGCCUGCUGCUGCCGAGGCUCCCCCUCCGCUGGAGCCUGAGCCUGAGGACGACCUCGUGGAGCCGGACGGAGAGGGAGCGCGGGGCGAUGCCGGAGAAGGAGAGCAGGGCGGAAUGGAAGAGAACCAGGAAGGCCGACUGGAGGACUGCAGCCCUGCACCUCCUCGCUCCUGCACCUGCCCAGGCACUGCUCCAGCGGUCUGCAUCUGCCGGGGCCCCAACCCACCGGGCCCCAACGCACCGGGCCACUCCCCACCGGGCCCCUCCCCACCUCGUAAACGCCCCUGCUCCCUCCCCGUGUCGGAGCUGGAGACCGUCAUCGCGGCGUCCUGUGGGCAGCCAGAAACGCCUCGGUCCCAUUACAUCCGAAUCCACCAUCUCCUCCAUAGUCUGCCUUCUGCCCAGAACAGAGAACCCAGCCAGGAGGACGAGGACGAGGACGAGGAGGAAGAGGAGGAUGAGGACGAGGAUUCAGAGAACAGGGAGGAGGUGGAGAGCGCCACCCUCCCCAACGCCACGGCAGAAGAUGCCACUUGUGUCUCGCUGGAGCUCAAACCGGCCCGAGAGCUAGAGGAGGAGGAUGCUGAUGAGGAAGAUACUCUGUCUCCUACUCAGGUCCCAGAGUGUGCCGGGUCCUGCUGCCACCGCGCCCUUCCCCGCAGCCUGUCCAUCGAGCGCCUGUCGGAGCUCAACCACCUCCUGGAGGGCGAGAGGGGCGGGGGGGGAGACCCUGGGGGGCGGGGCGGGGGGGGCGAGGAGGGGGACGCCGGCCGCAGGGGCCGGCGGCGUGGCGGAGGCGGCGGCGGCGGCGGCAGCACGUGCCACGCGCCCGGCGAGCACGAGUGCGAACUGUGCGAGGGCUCCUGCCACAGCACUUCCUGUCAAAGCACUUCCUGCCACAGCCGCAGCACUUCCUGCCGGAGCACUUCCUGUUACAGCACGUCCUGCUACAGCACUUCCUGCUACAGCCACUCGGGCUACGACGGCCGGGGGCGGUUCUGCAGCCAGCGGCUGUCGUCGGUGGACAGCACGCGGCGCUCCGGCAGCACCGUGUUCUCCUCCCAGGACGACGAGGACGAGGAGAACAGCGCCUUCGAGAGGGUCCCGGACCCCGACGGCUCCCCGCCCGGCGGGGGGGCCGGGGGCCAGCGGGGGGGACCCUGGAACACCACCCACUGGGGGCCCGAGGGGACGGGGGCAGGCAGCGGGGGGCCCCCAGGGGGGUCCGGCCAGCAGGACGCCAUCGGCCCUCUUGUCAGCCCCCCUGCUGCCCUGCGGCCUGGCUGGGACCUAGACCAUUUCCCCCUCCAAUCAGACCACACUUUACCUCCAAACUGGGAGGCCCGUAUCGACAGCCACGGCAGGGUGUUCUACGUGGACCACGUCAACCGGACCACCAUGUGGCAGAGACCCAGCCAGCCCCCCCAGUGCUCCCAGGGCCUCCCUCGCUCCGGCUCCACCCAGCAGAUGGAGCAGCUCAACAGAAGGUACCAGAACCACCAGAGAACCAUGGAGGAGGGGGAGGAGCAGGGGGAGGAGGGGGAGGAGGGGAACAGGAGUCUUGGGAGGAGAGGCAGCCCCGAGGAUGGAGGCGUUUCAACAACAGCAGCAGCAGCAGGUACAGAGUUACACAAACCAAGGAGAAACCACUUACCUGUCAAUCACCAGAGCAUUAGCCUUCUGCUUCAGUCCCCCGCUGUCAAGUUCAUCACCCACCCAGAGUUCUUCACUGUGCUGCACGCCAACUAUGGGGCGUACCGGACGUUCGCCAACAGCUCCUGCGUGAAGCACAUGAUCCUGAAGGUGCGCCGGGACGCCAGGAACUUUGAGCGCUACCAACACAACCGCGACCUGGUGGUCUUCCUCAACACGUUCGCAGACCCCCGGCUGGAGCUGCCCCGGGGCUGGGAGAUGAAGACGGACAUGCAGGGCAAGUCGUUCUUCGUGGACCACAACAGCCGAGCGACCACCUUCAUCGACCCGCGGGUCUCCCUGCGGUGCGGCCGCCCGCCCGGCGCCUUCGCCCACCGACCCCACCUGCAGAGGCUGCGCAGCUACAGCGCCGGGGAGGCCUCCGACGUCUCCAGACGUCCCGGGUCGUCCCUGAGGGUGCGGCCCCGCGACAGCCUGGUGCCGGCCGCGCGCAGCCAGCAGGACGCCCCCCCGCCAGCAGCACUCUCCUACAAUGACAAGAUCGUGGCGUUUCUGUGGCAGCCCAACGUCUUUGACAUGUUAGAGGAGCGACAGGCCAGCCUGGCCAGAAACCCUGCACUGAGGGAGAAGAUCCACUACAUCAGAACGGAGGGUUCCCAGGCACUAGAGAAGCUGUCGUGUGAUGCAGACCUGGUCAUACUGCUGAGUUUAUUCGAGGAGGAGAUCAUGUCCUUCGUGGCUCCUCACGCCCUCCACACCAGUCGGGGAUUCUCCCCUCGCAGCUCCCCCAUCGCUUCGCCUCACAGCUCUCCUGGCCUACAGAGGGCCCCGGCCCCGGCUCCGUAUCGUCGAGACUUUGAAGCCAAACUACGAAACUUCUCAAGGAAACUGGAGGCUAAAGGCUACGGCCAGGGGCCGGGCAAGAUGAGGUUGUUGGUCAGGAGGGAUCAUCUCCUGGAGGGGACCUUUGACCAGGUCAUGGCGUUCUCCCGCAAAGAGCUGCAGAAGAACAAGCUCUACGUCAGCUUCCUGGGGGAGGAGGGGUUGGACUACAGCGGCCCCUCCAGAGAGUUCUUCUUCCUGUUGUCCCAGGAGCUCUUCAACCCGUACUACGGCCUGUUUGAAUACUCCGCCAACGACACCUACACCCUUCAGAUCAGCCCCAUGUCUGCGCUGGUGGAGAACCACCUACAGUGGUUCCGUUUCAGCGGGCGUAUCCUGGGCCUGGGCCUCAUCCACCACUACCUGCUGGAUGUCUUCUUCACCCGGCCCUUCUACAAAGCUCUCCUCAGACUAGCUACAGAUCUCUCUGACCUGGAGUACCUGGAUGAAGAGUUCCAUCAGUCCCUGCAGUGGAUGAAGGACAACACCAUCACUGACAUCCUGGACCUCACCUUCACCGUCAACGAAGAGGUCUUUGGACAGGUGACGGAGCGGGAGCUGAAGUCGGGCGGGAGCCACAUUCAGGUGACGGAGAAGAACAAGAAGGACUACAUCGAGCGCAUGGUGCGGUGGCGGGCGGAGAGAGGGGUGGGGCAGCAGAACGAGGCGCUUGUCCGGGGCUUCUACGAGGUGGUGGACUCCCGGCUUGUGUCCGUGUUCGAUGCCAGGGAGCUGGAGCUGGUGAUCGCCGGCACAGCGGAGAUCGACCUGAGUGACUGGAGGAGCCACACGGAGUACAGAGGAGGUUACCAUGACAGCCACGUGGUGAUGCGCUGGUUUUGGGCGGCGGUGGAGUGCUUCAACAACGAGCAGCGUCUGCGCCUGCUGCAGUUCGUCACCGGGACGUCCAGCGUGCCGUACGAGGGCUUCUCCUCCCUCAGGGGUUCCAGCGGACUGCGGCGCUUCUGCAUCGAGAAGUGGGGCAAGGUCACCUCGCUGCCCAGGGCUCACACGUGUUUCAACCGCCUGGACCUCCCCCCGUACCCCUCCUUCACCACGCUGCACGACAAGCUGCUGACGGCCGUGGAGGAGACCAGCACCUUCGGCCUGGAGUGAUCCCCACCCUGCUAAUGGUCCUGGUUCAAUACCAGUACUGGUUCAGGGAGUGAACCUCAUCCUGCUACUGGUACCAUAGAGAUGUCAGUCCUGGUUCAGGGUGUGUGUCGGACCUAUGAACACAUAAGAACACUGGUGUCUUUUGAUACAUUUGAUAUUCAUACACGGCAUAACCAAGGAAUCCGUCUCCUAUUCUGCUGCAUGCACUGAAGCAUCGUCUCAUCUCCAUUGUUAUCGCUAUUCUCCACAAUCAUGAGAAAUCGUAAUCAUCUCCAUAUUCAAGGACUGUAAAGAACAAAUGGGACAGAAGAACAAUGUCAGCAAAACACGAAUAUAAAAGCAAAAUGUAAAAGCAAGCAAUAACUAAUAAUUCAUAGAACAUACUCCUAUCAAAUGUCAUUAAAAGAAAAAGAAAAUCCUAGUCAAAGGUGCACCAACAUCUCAUCUUGGAAAGAGAUCCCAGUUGAGAGACAGAAGGAAAAGGUCAGUAGACUGAGAGCCGACCCUCUGUGCCUUCCAAAGACAUGGCACAACAAGACCGUUCGUAGCUCCGGUGAGGAGACUGAUGCUGCUUCAGCUGAGUCUAAAAGAAGAGACUGAGGCUGCUUCAGCUGAGUCUAAAAGAAGAGACUGAGGCUGCUUCAGCUGAGUCUAAAAGAAGAGACUGAGGCUGCUUCAGCUGAGUCUAAAAGAAGAGACCGAGGCUGCUUCAGCUGAGUCUAAAAGAAGAGACCGAGGCUGCUUCAGCUGAGUCUACAAGGGAAACUGAUUUAAGAAACAAAGGGACUAUCAAGGCACUCAAUAGACUGUAAAUCUGAAGAGGCUUUCAGGAUAACCUUAUUUAUUUAUAUAUUAUUUAUUUAUGUAAAUUUAUAUGUAAUAUGAUUAAAUAAUAGAUAAUGACAACAUAUUUAAAAUAAUUGUCAAACAUAAAACAUUUGAUUGGCCAUCAAAUGAAGAACAUUGAAUCUUAAUGUUUUGAUGUGUGAAAUGCUCUUCCAGGCUGUGAUCCGGAACAAUAGAUUUAUAAAAGCUCCUUCUUGGUUCUUAAGACUUGUGUUCUAAAGGGAGUAGUUUUCUUUGUUUGGUGUGGACCACUUCACUGUCCAGGGUCUGGUUCCACCUCAACCAGGGGACCAUCUCGUCCUAUGAAUGAUCCUGUACAUCUGGAUUUAGGUCUCCUCAGGACCUGAUUGUUGAGGUCUGAUAUGAUCCAUCAAUGCUUAAAUUAAUAUCAAGGCAUUCAUUGGUUUAUAAAUAAACUAUAUCCUUUAGUAAUUAACUCAAUUUACAAAGGGGGAAUGACUUCAGUCAACUCCUGGGAGUGUCCGAGGAGUGUAUAUUGCUGCAGAAUAAUAACAAGGCUCUUAUGAUUGCUCUGCAUAAGCAUGAUUUCUGAAUAGUGUGGGGAGGAUAUAUUUAGUGUUUUUGUCUCUAUUUCUAUUAAUGAGUUGACAUCUCGACCCGUCUGUUUUAUAGUGACCACAAACGAUGCAAACAAUUAUGUUAAAAAGGAGUGACUAGGACUAGGAUAUAUAUAUAUAUAUAUAUAUAUAUAUAAAUAUAUACAGUCCUGUAAGACAAUGGGAUGACACUUUUUGAAUGUUAUGUUUUUUAGUAAAUGUACGCUGUACAUUUUCUAAACAUUGUGUACAUAACAUACAGCCUUCCGCACGAAAGAGUUUGCCUUUUAAUCUUUCUCGAUCAACAUGUUAAUGCCUCUUUAAUUGCUGUGUGUGACAAAGGUAAUUUAUUGUUUUUUAUUGUUAAUUUUUUUAUGUAUUGAUUUGGAACAAACUCUGUCACCAGCCAUUCUGUGGCGAGACCGUAAUUGUACUGUUGGUGUAUUUAUAAAAAAAAAUACAGGACACAUCAUGUUGAUGAUGUGAGAAGAUUCAGGGCACUGGCCUGAAUCGAAACAAACUCUUAUUUAAUUACUUAAGCCAACGCUACAAUCCACCUCGCUGACUUGGCUCCUGCAGACAAGCACGCAGGGUUGUGGUGUUGGAAAUCGGGUUUAUUUUAGACAAUGAUACAUGGCCUGGUGCUCCAUGCUGCCAUGCAGGAGAUCACUCUGUGCGUGUGCGUGUGCGUGUGUCGGGUUCAACCUGUGCUCACUGAUUGCUCAAUGAGCAGCAGGUGUGACUCAGCCAGCCCCAGAGUCCAAUCACUCUUGACUCGGGCCAGGUGAGGCUGCUUAACCUGCCAUCAUCCACACACAUCCACGCACAUUUUUGUUUGAAUCUCCUGUAAUAGUAUCGGAGGUGAUAUAAAAACACUAUGACGGAGGACACAUGAAGGCUGUGAUGCCACUUUAACUGAUUAUAUAUAUAGUAUAUAUACCACUAUCUACAUACUAUACUGAACUUGAACAGUGAACAGAAAAUAUCUUCAGGAAGCUUUUGAUGAAUCUCUACCAGACAUACAAACAUCUCUUGAAUUUUAUUUGUAUUUUUUUAAGUAAUAUUUACUGUAGGCAGUUGACAUAUUUUAAGUAUGAUGUUAAUGUUGAGCAAAAAAGGGGAAAUAUUUGUUUUAGACGAUAAACGCCUUUUUUUUUUUAAGAGAAUCUGCAAUGAAUCCUGGCUUUGUUUUCAAAGCCAAAGUUCGGGAUUGUUUCUGAGAACGUGACUUAAUGUGAAUGAAUACUCAUGAUGCUUGUGGUCUAACCUUACACAUGUUACUGAAUAUCCAUUAAAGACCCUUUUUUAUUCAA